AACGACACAUCACUACACCCGAGGACAGAGAGCCAGUGGAGAGGGAGUGGUGGUAUAGUCACUAGUGAUAGUAGUAGCGGUGGAGGAGAAGAGAAGAAACAGGAGGACCAACCAUGGCUCUGAACCUACUGAGGAAAUCUCAGGAGCUGUUCAUCUUCCUUACCAUCCGGAUCCUCCUCCUCGUUUUCCGGCUAAUCUCCCACUUCAAGGCCAGUCCAUCGGCCGCGAGUCGGCGACUGCCGCCGGUGAGAGACCCGCUGCUGCUGCUGCCAGCGACGCAGUUGGCCAGAAAGAUCCGACGGAGGGAGGUGUCCAGUGUGGAGGUGGUGCAGGCCUACAUCGACAGGAUCCAGGAAGUCAACCCUCUCAUCAACGCUGUGGUCAAAGACAGGUUUGCUGCUGCCCUCCAGGAGGCGACACAGGUUGAUAAGUUGAUCGAGGAAGAAAAGGGAGGGGAGGAUGUGCUGGAGGACCGGCUGCCUUUACUGGGAGUUCCAGUGUCGAUCAAAGAGUCUUUUGCUGUGCAGGGUAUGCCCAAUGCUACAGGUUUGAUAUCCAGGCGAGAAUUUGUGUCCACCAGUGAUGCCGUCCUGGUGGCCUUGUUGAAGAGAGCGGGCGCCAUCCCACUGGGUGUCACCAACACCAGUGAGCUGUGCAUGUGGGCCGAGUCCAACAACCACCUGUACGGCAUUGCGAGGAAUCCAUACGACCUGAACAGGACGCCGGGAGGAAGCUCAGGAGGUGAGGGCAGUAUCCUGGGGGCAGCGGGAGCGGUCAUUGGUGUGGGCUCGGACAUUGGCGGCAGUAUCCGAAUGCCUGCUUUUUUUAAUGGAAUAUUUGGACAUAAAACCACUCCAGGUAUUGUGUCCAACGAUGGCCAGUUCCCCCCGUCAUCAGGCAGACAUUUGGAGUACGUCAGUAAUGGUCCCAUGUGCCGCUACGCUGAUGAUCUGCUGCCCAUGCUCAGGAUCAUGGCUGGACCUAAUCUCAAGAUGUUGUCCUUAGACAUGAAGGUUGAUCUGAAGAAGCUGAGGUUCUUCACUUUACCUGACGACGGAGGCCGGUCUCUUGCUUUUCCUGUCAGUAGCGAGAUCAAAGACAUGCAGAGGAAGAUGGUGGAGCGUCUGGAGUCUGAUCUGGGAGUCAGGGUAGAAGAAGUGAACUUCCCCGAGCUACAGUACAGCACUCAGAUCUGGAUGACCUACAUGUCUCUACCUGAUGACGACGGUAAGCCUCCUCAACCGUUCACUGAGUUGAUGGGAGAACCAGGACCACCAGUGAAACCUCUGUGGGAGCUGCUGAAGAGGCUGCUGGGCAUGUCAGACCACACUGUUGCUGCUAUUGGUCUGGCCAUCAGUGAGAUGGCCAACCCAGCUGCCCCUCCACCCUUCAUCCUUCAGCAGAAGAAGAGCCUCCAAGAGAAGGUGGACAAGCUGCUGGGCACUGAUGGUGUUCUGUUUUGCCCUCCACACCCCAGGGUGGCACCACGACACCAUGAACCUCUCCUCAGACCCUACGACUUCUCCUACACCGCAAUCUUCAACAUACUUGGGCUGCCGGUUACCCAGUGUCCUCUGGGUCUGAGUAAGGAAGGCCUGCCUCUGGGGGUACAGGUGAUCGGUGGGAAGCUGCAGGACCAGGUGACCCUGGCUGUGGCUAUCUACCUGGAGAAGACCUUCGGAGGCUGGAGGGAUCCUGGAUCCAUCUGAAGCUCUGAUUAUAGAGAUUGACACUAAACCUCUUGAAAGUUUUAAUUAACAAAAUUUAGCAUUAAUGACUGGUUAGAUCUGGUACAUGCUUAAAACAUGAUUUUGAUGCAUAAUGAGCUUUAAAGCAUCCGAAACUCUAAAUAGAAAAAUUAGAAAAACCUAAAAUUACUAAUUGUAUGACAUAAACUGUGGAUGUGGAUUCAAAUUAGGAUUUAAUCCAGAUCCAGAUCAGAAACGAUAAUCCAGUUUAAUAACUUUUGAUCUUUUUGAUAUAAAGACCUUGACUGUAGAGUUGCAGCUAUGCUGUCAAAGCACAAGAUUUUAUUUUUAUUAUUAUUGUUUGAUUUUAUUAGUGAUUUUUAUUCUGAAUAUUCAUUUGAUGUAAGAAUUCAUUGCAGUGAUUGUUUUUACAUUUACACUUAUGCAUUAGCAGAUGCUUUUAUCCAAAGUGACUUACAAGAGGAGGAUUAACACUCAGGUUACAUAGGAGGAACUCUUGAAAUGAGACCAGUAGUUAGGAAUCAAGUGCACAAGGAGAUCAAGGAAGGUAGGAGUAGAGGAGGACAGGAGGUGCUCUCUGAAGAGCUGAGUCUUCAGGAGUUUCUUGAGGACCGGCAGGGCUGACCCUGUUAUAGAAUUGCGUCACACACACUCUUUUUCUCUCUCUCUCUCUUACACAUACACACACAUAUAGUUUUAGGAUGGUUGCUUCUGGCUUAAGUCACAGCUCCACCUAGCUGUCGUCUGGUGACACGGUAGAAUUUUACUGUGAGGUUUUUAGUUUGUAAAUGAUACAUUCAUUCCUCAACCUUUUUUGCUGCGUGUUUCCCAGCUUCUCCUGAGCUGCUCUUAUAUUUCUAUCACAAGAGAGUUCCAUCACAAAGAAAAUAAAACAACAUUUGAAUCAUUUAAACUAAUAAAAGUGAAGAACCACUCCUGCAGUAAGAACCUGGAGAUGUUACAUCAGGGAAAAGGUCUGACAGAAACACACUCACCAAACAAUCACCAGUGACCCUCCUUCUGGAAAAGGACAAGGUUUUUGAUGCACCAACAUCUGUAUGAAUAAAUAUUCCAUUAUUCCUU